UCAAACAUUAAAGAAUACCAUUAGUUUUUGUAUAAAAAAAUAGGAUUCACCAUUUUUUUGUUUUUCAUCUAUAAGUAUCACACAUCUAUAGUCCAUCUCCAUCACAAACAAACUAUCACAUUCGUUUCAUUGGCAAAAGAAAAUCUAUAUAAUAAAAAAAUCUCGAGAAAACAAAAAUGGGUAGCCUCACGCGUCUCAUAGUCUUCCUUUCCAUUUUGGCAGCCAUAACUCGAAAAUCGAACUCUCAGUACCUUUUUCCAAUCACCAAACACGAACCCACCAAUCAGUUCUACACCACUUUCAACAUUGGAUCCCCGACAAAAUCUCCCGUAAACCUACUCCUCGACCUCGGAACCAACCUCACAUGGCUCAACUGCCGCAAACUCAAAUCUUUAUCCUCUCUCCGCCUAGUCACUUGCCAGAGCUCCACAUGCAAGUUCAUCCCCGGUAAUGGCUGCGACGGCAAAUCCUGUCUUUACAAGCAACCAAACCCUCUCGGUCAAAACCCCAUUGUAACAGGCCGUGUCGUCCAAGACAUAGCUUCCAUCUCCACCACAGACGGCGGCAAGUUCCUCUCUCAAGUCUCAGUCCCCCGCUUCACAUUCUCCUGCGCCGGCGAGAAAACCCUCGAAGGCCUUCCUCCUCCUGUCGCCGGAGUUCUGGCUCUUUCUCCUGGAUCUUCGUCGUUCACGAAACAGGUGACGUCAGCGUUUAACGUCAUCCCUAAAUUCUCUCUCUGCUUGCCUUCUUCCGGUACCGGGCGUUUCUAUAUCGCCGGCAUUCAUUACUUUAUUCCGCCGUUCAAUGAUAGCAGUUCUUCUAUUCCGAUGACUUUAACUCCCAUUAGAGGCACUGACUCAGGAGAUUAUUUACUCCUAGUCCUAAAUAUCUACGUUGGUGGAAGUCCUUUGAAGUUGAACCCUGAUUUGCUAACCGGCGGAGCCAAACUCAGCACGGUGGUUCACUACACCGUACUUCAAACCGAUAUCUACAAUGCUCUUGCUCAGUCUUUUACACUCGAGGCAAAGACUAUGGGAAUAUUUAAGGUUCCAUCGGUGGCGCCGUUCAAACAUUGUUUCGAUGCGCGCACGGCUGGAAAGAACUUGAGGGGGCCGAACGUGUCGGUGAUAGAGAUUGGUCUGCCAGGGAGGAUAGGGGAGGUGAAGUGGGGGUUCUACGGUGCGAAUACGGUGGUGAAAGUGAAGGAAACGGUGAUGUGUUUGGCGUUUAUCGACGGUGGAAAGAAACCGGAGAAUUUGAUGGUGAUUGGGUCGCAUCAGCUUCAAGAUCAUAUGCUCGAGUUCGAUUUCAGCGGGACGGUUCUCGCUUUUAGUGAGUCACUCUUGCUCCAUAACACAAGCUGCUCCACUUGGACUUCCAAAAAAUAGAAUCAAUCACACAUGACAUGAUCAUCAUUGACUUUUUAGUGAAGAGUUGUUCGUCCAUCUAAAUGCAGAUGAAAAAUGAUGUUUGUUUAGUCCAAUUAAACACAUAAUCCAAAUGGUCGUAUUUCUCAAACUCAUCGGAAAGAUAUAAAAAAAUCUGAAAGAGUUUAAAUGGUGUAUUCAGAUGAA